UGCAUGGGUUGCCCUCAAGUAUAAAGGCAAACUGCGUGCGGGAUAACAGCAGUGACGUCAGCGCGGACACCGCCCGCGCGAGUAUAAAUAAGCCUUUACACCUACUGAAUGUUCAAAUUAGGCUUUACACGAUCAGGAUUUUUGGGGCCGAUCACAGAGUUUAAAAAAAAAUAUAUAUACUAAUAAUAACCGAUCCGAUCACAAGAUGGAGCAAUGUGUCUAUUUAAAUGACUUGUUCAUUUACUGCAUAUACUUGUGUACUAUAUACUGAGUAUCUUAAAAAAUAUUCUCUAGUCAGGUCAACCCACCAUGACAGAAAUAAUGGGUGCUAACUUACUGGAAUUAAAUUAUUGUAAUUAAAUUACUUAACACACACUGAAACUUUAGAGCAUGAGUCAACAGAACGGCGGCACGUUUACGUACAACCAUUAAUGCUAGCACUAGCUUGCUAGGCUACAUAACAUUUUGUUUCCUGCUUGCGACCCGUAUUGUAUUAAAAGUACGUGAAAAUACCUCAGGCAACCCUUGAACGAACGUCUUCUCCCGAGCACCGCUGAGCACCAACACCACACGUUUUCCCGUAUUUUGUUACCAAGACAAUACACGCGCGAUCCAUUGUUGUUGUUGUGGCCGCGCUAACGAGUGUAUCCGGUCGCGUUUGAUUUGACAAAGCCCAGUGUUCGUAAAUGACGUCAAAAAACACGACAAGGCUAAAAAUAAACUAGCUUUUGGAUUCAAAUAUACUGUAUAUGACAGCGACGUGGAGUAAAUGUCUUUUGGGAGCCGAUCAAUGAGGUGAAUGAUGACAAAGCCGAUCGGCAUAAAAUGUUAAUUAUCGGCCGAUAAUUAUCAACCCGAUCAGAUCGCUGUAAAGUCUAGUUCAAAUACAUUGCAGCCUUCUUUUCUUAGUUUUCGUUCACAAAAAUCACCAGCUGGUUAUUGCUGAUAUUGGAUCGGAACGAUAUCGGUAUCAGCCAAAAUUCAAGGCUGCAAUAUCGGCUCUGAAGUAAAAAAGUUGGCUCGGGACAUCCCUAGUCGUAAGUCCAAGUUAAAUUUAUUCCUACUCAUACUACAUAUACUACAUUUAAACACAGCACCAGCUCGCCAGUUGCUGCAUAAAAAGAACAUUAAACUGAAAGAAAAAUCAAAGCACACAAAUUGUACUACAAGAUAUUGGGCAAAAAAAAUUACUUUUUUCAACCCUGCGAUAUAUAUUGGGACAAGAAAUAAAAUGCAGGCUAACAUAAGACAGAUGUUUGAAAACCAGCACAUAUUUCUGUUUUUCCCUCUUUGAUUUAUUCUUAUAAUAGAUUACCGGUAUUAUAAUCACUUCAGCAGAAGAGAAACUAUGCCUGUAGUGCUGGGUAAAGUAUUGAGUAGCAAAUAGUCCAGCCAGACUUCAAACUUAAAAUCAUUUAAUUUCAUGCCCAUUUACAUUUUGCCAUUAGCCUUUGUCUCUUCCAAAAUGAAAUAGUACCCCAACCUUUCCCGAUCCCCUGUAGUGUUUUGGUGUGCAUAUGUUGAAGAGUGAUACAUGUAGGCGUCUAAUCGUUUCCCUUUAUUAUAUGUUUUCAAGAAGACAGAUAUAGAACACUCGGGGGUGCACAGCAUUUGUAGGUUUAUAAAUAUUGUAACCUUGGUGCUAAUUUCUGUUAGCUUUACACAAUGUAUGUUGGCAGUAAGGUAGUGGACAUUCAUUGCACUCUUUUGUUUUUUAUUAUUACGUGGGAGCUUUACAGCAAACUACAACUGUGCGUGAUAAACAGCUUGAAGCAAUAACAUUUUGCCUUUUAUAUGGAGAUUUGUUCACUGUCACACACCCACUCUGGAAGUCUCUUUUGCAAUAUUAUGAGUGGCGUAAAUUGUAACUGCAUCAAACAAGGGCAGAUUUGAAAAGGACACUUUCACACCACACACCCACCCGGCCACACCCGCGACCACAAUCACACCUCUGACUUCUGCGUUAACCAUUCAUGAACAGGAUGUGAGACGCAUCUUCAAACAACAAAAGAUUAACAAAGCGGCAGGCCCGGACCAUGUGUCCCCAUCCUGCCUCAAAGUCUGCGCGGACCAGCUCGCUCCAAUCUUCACUCAGAUCUUCAAUAGAUCUCUGGAACUGUGCGAAGUUCCAUCCUGUUUCAAACGCUCCACCAUCAUUCCAGUCCCCAAGAAACCUGCAAUCUCGGGUCUGAAUGACUACAGGCCUGUCGCUUUGACAUCUGUGGUCAUGAAGUCCUUUGAACGUCUCGUGCUGGACCACCUCAAGAGUGUCACAGCUCCCCUGCUGGACCCCCUGCAGUUUGCCUACCAAGCAAACAGGUCUGCGGAUGAUGCAGUCAACAUGGGACUGCACUUCAUCCUAGAACACCUCGACAGUGCAGGGACCUACGCGAGGAACCUGUUCGUGGAGUUCAGCUCAGCGUUCAACACCAUCAUCCCUGAACUCCUUUCAUCCAAGCUUCUCCAGCUCAGCGUCUCACCUGCCAUCUGCCAGUGGAUUUAAAGCUUUCUGACGGGCAGGACACAGCAGGUCAGGCUGGGGGAGGCCACCUCAUCCACACGCAGCAUCAGCACUGGGGCGCCCCAAGGUUGUGUCCUCUCUCCGCUGGUCUUCUCUCGCUACACAAACGACUGCACCUCAGCGAACUCGACUGUCAAACUCCUGAAGUUUGCAGAUGACACCACUGUCAUCGGCCUCAUCAAGGACGGUGACGAGUCUGCAUAUCGACAGGAAGUGGAGCUCCUGGAGCUGUGGUGCGGCCGACACAACCUGGAGCUGAACACGCUAAGACUGUAGAGAUGAUCGUGGACUUCAGGAGGCAUCCUUCGCCACAGCUGCCCCUCACAUUGUCCAGCCGCCUUGUGUCAACCGUCGAGACCUUCAAGUUCCUGGGAAUUACAAUCUCUCAGGACCUGAAGUGGGCGACUAACAUCAACUCCGUCCUCAAAAAGGCCCAGCAGAGAAUGUACUUCCUGCGGCUUCUGAGAAAGCACGGCCUGCCACCGGAGCUGCUGUGACAGUUCUACACAGCGGUAAUCGAAUCAGUCCUGUGUUCUUCCAUCACAGUCUGGUUUGGUGCUGCUACAAAAAAGGACAAACUCCGACUGCAACGGACAAUCAAAACUGCUGAAAGGAUUGUCGGUACCCCCCUACCCACCAUUGAGGACUUGCACGCUGCCAGAACUAAGACAAGGGCGUGCAAAAUCCUCUCGGACCCUCCGCACCCCGGUCACCAGCUCUUCCAGCUCCUUCCCUCAGAUCCGGUUUAGACGUUUGGUUUCGGAUUGCUGAAAAAUGAAAUCCAAGAAGAAGAAGAGGCAAGAUGACUUCCAAAAGGUGAAGCUAAAAGUGGGAAAGAAGAAGCCGAGAGCAGACAAUGCCACCGAUACAAACUUCCGCACGAAGGGAAUUUAUCUCCCUGACCAGCUGAAGACAGACAGCAGUGGUCCCACCACAAACAGGCAGCUUGGCAUCAAUGACCUGUUGUCCCAGCUCCACCAUUACAAUGCCAAUGUGAAGCACGGUGCCUUGUUGGGUUUGAGGGAGCUGCUGUCUAUGAAUCCUUCUCUGUUAGAGCAGCAUUUGUCACGUUUGCUGUCUGAGGUGGCUGCCGUGUUCACAGACAAGGACGCCAACGUUCGCGUGGCAGCCACGCGUGUGCUCAGGUAUAUUGCCCAGUCCGUGCCCGCGGAACGAGUGGCUCCUUUUUUCCCGCUCCUCAGUGCCCACCUGUGUUGCGCCAUGACUCACAUUGAGUUGGGCAUCCAAGAAGAUGCCAUGAAGAUUCUGGAUGUGCUGCUGGAGCACUACCCCGCCCUGCUCGCUGCACGGCCCGCCGUGCUCCUCACCAACUUUCUGGAGUUAAUCUCUCACAGACAAAGCAACGGAGGAGCUAAAAAGGAGCAGGAGGCCAAGGGUCGUACGUGGGCGCUCUCGGUCAACCUGAACAGGACCGUGACCAGCCAGCAGUGGCGCCUUUCUGUGCUCCUUAGACUUGGGCGCUUUCUUCAGGCAGUAGUUGAGGAAAGACCGGUGGAGGAAGGUGACAUGUCUGUCCCAUCUGAGGGAGCGUUUGGUUCGAGCGGCGAGAGCAGGAUUACACCUGUGAAUGUCACCUGGGGCAAGCUCGAGAACAGCAAGAUUGGAAUUAAGGUGUACGAGCACUCUGGGAGGAAACCAAGUCCACAUUCAACAUUUAAACUCCGACCGAAUUCAGAUCACCCAGGCGAAGCAUGUGACGGUUUGGACUCUGCGGAGGCUGUCCAGAGCUUUGCGUCAACUCUGGUCCCGCUUUUGCUGGAGGUGUGGGUGGAGGCCAACACCGGCGACUCUCCCUGGAACAGUUCUGACGGCGGACACCUGCUGAGCCCGGACGCCAUGUCUGUAAUGUUCCAGGUGUUGUCUAUACUGCAACUUCUCCGAAAACUGGCGCCGCGGCAGGAGCAUCAAGAUGCGCUGGAUGCAUGGUUCCGCAAAGAAUAUUUAGGAGAUUUUAAGCAGCACUUCAUGAAAAACUUCCCCUACAGUCUUCAUGACACACCCAAACAUAAAAAGAAAGUUAAUAACAAAAGGAGCAAGCAGACUGCGGCUGUCCCCGACGUGAGCGUGGAUCCUCUGGCGCUGAACAUCACACUUUGCCAGGUGAUGGUGUCUCUGAGCCAGCGGCAGGGAGUCGGCCGAGAGGCGGACGGAGACUGGCUGACGCCCCUGAGGACGUUCGUGCGAGACACGCUCGGUGGCGAAGUGAAGCUCAGCUACAGGCAGCUGCACAUGCUGCUCGGGACUGUCUGGAAGAUGGUGCUCACACAAAAAAGCAAAACAGUGACAGAAGAUCUGUUAGCAGCAGUGUACUCGUACUAUCAGCAGAGGCACCUGACGCUACAGACCAGAUCUCUCCUGCUGUCUUUCUACAGCAAGAUUUACCUGCAGGAGCAGGGGCAGUCGCAUAUCACCAGGAGCAAAGUGCUCUCUCGGUGGUUGGCGUUUCUUCCUGUGCAGUUGUCCCAGCUGGGCCACCGCAACCCUGCUCUGUCUGCACUGCUCAUCCAGUCCAUCCAGGCUGCUGCUUCCCGAGGCAACAAAGACCUGCUCAGCAGUCUGCAGACGCAUGCCUGCAAGCUCUACGCUCCACAGGAAGGUGUUGUGGUUCUUCUGCCAUCAGAGUGCCAGCAACAAAUGGUGCAGCUGCUCUAUUUCCUCCCCAAGAUGCCCCGCGCUCUGCUGGCUAAUCUGAGCUUCUGCUGCAACACUGGUCGAAUCUCAGCUGGACUCGCCGCCUCGCUCGUUCGUAUUAUACACCUUAGGUCAUCUUUGAGUGGAUGGUCAGUGGGGAGCCAGGAAGCAGCCCUACAGGACGUGGACUACAUCAGCUUCCUGUUCUCCACCCUGACGGGCUUCUCGUGCGACCAGCUCGCCUCCUUGCAGGAAGCCGGCGACACCAGAGCGCUGCCCCCCUCCCCUCUGUCGCCCCUGAGGCUUCACCGCACCCCGCUGGACCACUUCACGCACCACUGGGACGUUGUGGAGGAGGUGUGCCAGCGUCUGGAAACUCUGGGUGCAAGGGCUCAGUGCUUUGACAUCUUACAAAAUGGCAUCUUCGAAUACAUGACCAAGCUGAGAGUGGUGCCCGACAGCAUGGCGGCCGGCCUCCUCAGCGCCGUUUCCAGGCUAACGGACCCGUCCCUUCUGCCCCUCGAGCCCGUGUUACGCUUGUUGUCCCGCUGCUGCCUCAGCCUUCUGACCGCACUUGUCACUCAGCAGCAGGAGGAGGCGGCGCACGACCAGCACAAAAGGGAGGCUAUUUGGGGCGCGUGCGUGGCGUCGCUGAGCACCGUGCCCCGCCUGCUGAGGAUGCUUCUGCAGCUGCGCGUGGCGGAUCUGAGCCAGGCGGAGCUGCCCCAGCUGGGCCAGAUGUUGUCCAUGCUGAUGCAGCACACGCCGUUGCACAACCAGCUCAUGGCCAACACGGGUCUGCUGCAAGAACUCAUCCAACAUCUCACGAGGUACUCGCGCAGCGCGACCAGGGAGCAGUGGCUGACCGACCUGCUCUACUGUUACAGCGUCACCGUGGCCCACGGCACGUCAUCUCACCGUGGAAAUGUUCGCGACGUGUACUGAUGGACGCACGCACAUACGAUUAACUGACGUGGGCUCACUCUGACACACAAAAACACUUCCAGACCUCAACAUUGACUGCUUUGUACUCCCCAUUUAACAAGAAAGUUGGUCCAUGUUUGUUUUCUUUGUCCUCAUGUUGGGGAGGGGGACUGAUAAAAAAAUUAAACAUUUCCACAGCCUUUUAGGUCCA